CUUGACCAUUCUCUCAAACUUUGAUCACAGUGUCUUGGACCGGAUCCAAAGCAGUCGCCAGUGACUUCGGCUAGUUUUACAAUGUUGAGAUCUUCGUGAACAGACCGAACCGAGUCACAAAGUAAGAAGUCCUCAGCUGCCCUCGCCGGGCAGUUGCGCGCUCAAUAUGCUUCUCCUUCAAGUCCUACGACAUCUAAUCCCACUCCUCGUCCUCUUCUCAUGUACCCUCGCUGCUGAGGAUCUCUACAAAAUACUCGGACUAGACAAGUCCUGUUCAGAAAGAGACCUGAAAAAGGCUUAUCGCACUCUGUCGAAGAAAUACCACCCAGACAAGGCGAGUGGAGAUGAGAAGAAGUUUCUCGAGGUUGCAGAUGCCUACGAGACGCUUUCUGAUGCUACCACACGCAAGAUCUACGAUCAAUAUGGCCACGAAGGCCUGGAAAACCAUAAAAGAGGGGGUGGCGCAGGAGGACAACACCAUGACCCUUUCGAUUUGUUCUCGAGGUUCUUUGGCGGCGGAGGACACUUUGCAGGAGGGUCUGGUGGUGGAAUAAGGCGAGGACCAGACCUUGAAGUCAGGCUUCACAUUCCACUGCGCGACUUCUACAUGGGCAGAGAUACAGAAUUCACAAUCGAGAAGCAACAGAUAUGUGAAGAAUGCGAGGGCUCGGGGUCUGCUGAUGGACAAGUUGAAACAUGCAACCAAUGUGGAGGGCGUGGAAUGAUUAUUCAAAAACACAUGCUUGCGCCAGGAAUCUUCCAGCAGGUCCAGAUGGCAUGCGAUCAGUGUGCGGGACGAGGCAAAUCUAUCAAGCACAAAUGCAAGGUCUGCGGAGGCGACAGGGUCGUUCGAGGGCCAACCACAUUGACUGCCAGUCUCGAAAAAGGCAUGCCCAAAGGCCACAGACUUGUUUUCGAGAGCGAGGCAGAUGAACAUCCAGAUCACGUUGCGGGCAACUUGUACGCGUUCCUCAUGGAGCAGGAACCUGCAAUGCCAGAGGAUGAGAGUCAAAGAACAGACGGGGCAUUCUUCCGUCGCAAAGAUGAUGACCUUUACUGGAAAGAAGUGCUCAGUCUUCGGGAGGCUUGGAUGGGAGAGUGGACUCGCAACCUCACUCACCUCGAUGGACACGUCGUUCAACUGCGGCGCAACCGUGGCGAAGUGGUUCAACCCGGCCAGGUUGACACGAUCAAGGGCGAGGGAAUGCCGAUUUAUCAUGAAGGUCAUAUGCAUGGCCAUGACCAUGAUGGGGAAGAGUUCGGUAAUUUGUACGUUGAGUACAAAGUCAUCAUCCCGGAUCAAAUGGAAAGCGGCAUGUACAAGGAGUUCUCGUCAGUCUGGGACAAAUGGCACAAGAAGAAGGGGGUAGACCUGCUGCAAGACAGUGGCAGACCGGCGCCCAUUGUACGAGUAAAGGACGAAUUAUAGACUAUGAUGGCCAUCCAAAGAUGUAUGAAACCUGGGAACGCUUUAGAUCUAGUUUAGUUGGCGUUCAGCUGUACGUUGCGAAGAUAUUGUACCAUCAGUGAUCAAGGGAAUACGGUACUCUGUCAACUUCAGCCUUGCGUAUUGUACAAGCACUGCGCACCCCCUUUUCCCAGUGUCGAGUUCUCUGCAAUUCUCGAUAGCAACAAACCCGAGACACGA